UUGCCUGUGACCUGUGUGUGUGCAAUAAAUGGCUUAUUACUGAAUUGGCAUAGCUCCAUUUAUUGAUUUGUGCAGGCAAUAAAGCUUAAUAAAUUAGUUUCAAAAUGAGUUAUGUUUUGAUUGAGCUGUCAUUGGUGUAUGGAUGUCGCAUUUCCUUGUUUAACCCCUCCCCCUUUAUGUUCACGUUAUGUAUGGACACAUCCUCUCACGUCUUCACCUUUUGGUCUCGUAUUUUCCACAGCACAAAGAGAAAACAAAAGUCAAGCACACUGAGCACUUCACAACAGGACACGGGUUUCUGCACAGGCAUGGCAGACCACAAAGACAACAUAGAUGACUUUAAGGUCCAAACAGCCAAGCACCCGAACAUCAGCUCUGUCCCUAUGAGGCCGCACAAUGAACAGUCCCGAGAUCGCACCUCCAAAAGGCUCUCCACCGAGUCCAAUGGCACCAGUGAUGGAGGCAUGGGCUCGUCCACACCAGUCGAGUUAACAGCUCUGGAGGAGUCAUUCCGACGCUUUGCCAUUCACGGAGACACACGGGCCACAGGCAAAGAAAUGCACGGCAAGAACUGGUCCAAACUGUGCAAGGACUGUGGCGUGAUCGAUGGGAAAAACAUCACCCUGACUGAUGUGGACAUCGUCUUCAGCAAAGUCAAGAAGAAAUCGUGUCGAACCAUCACCUAUGAUGAGUUCAAGGUCGCGCUCGGAGAAUUAGCAAGGAAAAAAUACAGAGAGAAGAGCGGAGAGGAGGCGGAAGCAGAGGUCUUUAAGCUAAUAGAGGGAAAGGGGCCAAUCAUUGCAGGUGUGACGCGAGCUGUAGCCUCUCCUACCGUGAGCCGCCUGACUGACACCACAAAGUUCACUGGGUCGCACAAGGAGCGCUUCGACAACUCGGGGCGCGGGAAGGGCAAGGCCGGGCGGGUCGACAUAGUGGACACAUCGGGAUACGUCUCCGGAUACAAACAUAAAGGAUCAUAUGAGAAGAAAGUCACCAAAAAUAAUGUGGGUAAACCCAUGUGAGGAUAAGGAGGAGGAAAAAUAACAUUUGACCCACAAGAAUAAUUUGCUAUUAAAGAGUACUCAACUCAAGCACAAAAGAGUAGGUAUUGGUCUACAGUAUUUUCCCAUUCAUCUAUGUGUAUGAGAGAUUUUAAGUUUGUUUUCUUGUUGUGAAAGUGUGAGAACUGGAAAACUGUUUACAUCCAUUUUUAUAAGUCAUCACCAGCUGGUACAUUCCUAUCUAACAGUGAGUUACAGCCAAAACACUGAAAAUGCUAUGCUUUCAAUAUUGACACUGUUAAUAUAGGGUCAUAUAUUAAUUAUCCAGCAAAAUGAUGAAGAACAAGCCAAGAAAAACAAACUAUAAUACAUUAUGACAUUGCACUUUUUAAUAGAAAAUAUCAAAUCCCAUUUUAUUUAGUACAUUUUAUAUUUAGUUAGAGACACAAUAGGUAUUUCAGGUAGUAUAAACAUUGGUGCCAACUUUUGAUAGCUAUAUCAGUAUUUAUUAAUUUUCAAAUGCUACUCUGACUCUAACAUCUUUAAGUGUGUUUGUGUGCCAUUCCCUUUUAAUACACAUUUUGAAAUGUUACCAUUAGCCUGCCUUCAGCUUAAAAAGUACAAAUGAAAAUACCUUAUUUUUAAACAUGUCAUAUCUUUUGUGAACAUUUAUUAUAAUUUUAAUUACCCCUGCUAUUUUCCUCAUUCUGUUUGCCCUUUUAUACUGGCCUACAACUACAUGCCACUUGCUCUCAUAAUGAAUUGGUUAUCGCAGCUAAAGAAGGAAGCUCUGAGCUAAAUUGUACAAGAUUGUAUUUUUUCCAUAUCUUCCUACAGUGGUUAUAUUUGUGGUAAAGUUGUGGAUAUUCUAAAAAGUUGGAAGUUUAAUUUAUGACACUGGUAUUUUGUAUUUUAUUUAAUGUUCCUGUGUUGCCGU